AUGUUUGCUUUCCUGUCCUGUUUCACAGUUCUUCAGCGUCGUCCUUCGUCGUGUUUGUCGCCAGCUCGCCGUCCUCGAAGGUCCAUGCUCUGUUCGGAUAUAUAUCAGGAGACUCUUGCCAAGGCACUUGCAAAGCAUUUUGGUGCAAGGCUACUAAUUGUGAAUUCCCUUUCACUACCUGGUGGAACUCCUUCAAAGGAAGUUGAUUCUGCUAAAGAAAGUUCAAAGCCUGAACGACCAUCUGUGUUGGCCAAGAGAAGUACACAUGCUGCUUCUUUAAAACAUAGUAAACCAGCUUCUAGUGUUGAUGCUGAAAUUGUGGGUGGAUCCACAAUAAGUUCUCAGGCUAUGCUGAAGCAGGAGGUUUCUACUGCUUCAUCAAAAUGCACUACUACUAAAACAGGUGAUCGAGUAAAAUUUGUUGGUAACUUCCCUUCUGCUGUCUCAUCAAUACAAAAUCAUCCUUCAAGAUACGACACUUAUUUAAUUGAUCUGCAUUGA